UGGUUGUUGGUGUUAUUUAAGAUAAAAUCUUACCAUGUAAAAGUGAAAUUGGGUUGAGACAAAAGAGAUGAUUUCAGUUUGUUUAUAGCAAAAGAGAUGAUAAUCAUUAAUAAUUCUCAAGACUACAUCUAUUCAUAAAUUUAAAUAUUCUCAUUGUUUUUCAUCUUAAAUUUUUAACACUUUUAUUUUGACCACAAUUACAGGACAUACUUAAUAUGAAUUAUUCUCAGUUUCUUGUUGGGUGCUCUUACAAGCUACCACUUUUGCAAAUUAGAGCUUCUGCCUACCAGGGUGGAAAAACUGAGGAGUCAAGCAAGAAGCAACACAAAACAAGUGAUAUAGAAAAACACAACAAAGUUAGAAUAGAAAUAGAUAACAAUCUUCCUCCACUUGUUGGUGCUGUGAAGAAAAAAGCUCAACAAAAUGCUGCAACUUUUCACUUUCCCGGUCACAACAGAGGUCGUAGCGCCCCAUUUGCAUUAACUCAACUCAUUGGUCUCGAACCAUUUAUACACGAUUUGGCUGCGAUUCCAGAGCUUGACAACCUUACUUCUCCACAUGGUCCUAUUUUAGAGGCACAAAAGGAAGCAGCCAAGCUUUUUGGAGCAUUGGAGACAUGGUUUCUUGUUGGUGGAACCACUUGUGGAAUCCAUGGUGCCAUUAUGGCUACAUGUUCGCCGGGAGAGUAUCUAAUCCUUCCCCGGAAUUGUCAUUUAUCAGCUAUAUCUGGUAUGGUCUUAUCUGGUGCAGUACCUAAGUACAUCAUACCUGAAUAUGAUGUUGAAUGGGAUAUUGCAGGUGGGGUCACUCCAUCACAGGUGGAGAAGGCAAUUCAGGAACUGGAAAUGGAAGGUCGAAAACCGGCUGCAGUCUUUGUAACUUCUCCUACUUAUCAUGGAAUAUGCAGCAACAUAAGUGAGAUUUCUCAACUGUGCCAUUCUCAUGGAAUUCCUCUAAUUGUGGAUGAAGCACACGGGGCUCAUCUCGGGUUUCAUCCACAAAUGCCCAAAUCAGCUCUUCAACAAGGAGCUGAUUUGGCGGUUCAAUCAACACACAAAGUUCUUUGCUCCAUGACACAAUCAUCAAUGCUACACAUGUCUGGAAAUCUUGUAGAUAAAGAAACUAUCUCUAGAUGCCUUAGAGUGCUUCAAACCACUAGUCCAAAUUAUCUUCUCAUGGCAUCAUUAGAUGCAGCUAGACACCAACUUACUCAAAACCCAAAAGCCUUAUUUGACAAAGCAAUGCAAAUAGCUUUCGAGGCCAAGAAUUCGAUAAGAAAAAUACCCGAAAUUUCCAUAUUGAAUCAUCAAACAUUCCCAAAAUUCCCAUCUAUGGAUCCAUUUAGGCUCACCAUUGGUUUUAAACAACUAAACAUGUCAGGUUAUGAGGCAGAUGAAAUAUUGUACAGAGAUAAUCUCAUUAUCUCUGAGCUUGUUGGAACCAAAUCAAUUACUUAUGCAUUUAAUCUUGGAACUUGUGAAGAACAUGUUGAGAGAUUAGUGUUUGGCCUAAAGAAGAUAGUGUCAUCAUCAUCAUCAUCAACAUCUAUGAGCCAUGGUGUGUGUGCACCUUUUGCUGAUUUUACAACAAGUUUGAUUCCAAGAGAGGCCUUUUUUAGAAAGAAGAGAAAAGUAAGCAUUGAAAAGUGCAUUGGGGAAGUUUGUGGAGAGCUUAUAUGUCCAUUCCCACCAGGGAUUCCAGUGUUGAUACCUGGUGAGACUAUUACACAAAAAGCUUUGGAUUAUGUUUUAGAUGUUAGAAGCAAAGGUGCUAUCAUUAGUGGGGCUUCAGAUCCACAACUCUUUUCCAUACUUGUUUGUUAUUGACAGUUAUGUUAGUUAAUUUAGUUCUUUGUGUGUUUAUAACUAUAACAUAGACUCUUAAUUCAUAAGAGUCAUGUUAUACACAAAUAAUAAGAGAAAUUUUGUGUGAGCUAGAAAGAGUUAGUAGCUCACACAAAGAUAUGUAUUGUUUUUCGAAAAAUUGAUUGAACCUCGUCA